AUGAGGGCUGUACCAUCAAAAUAUCACCAAUUGCUGAAAUUCCCAGCCCCGGAGGGAAUCAAGCAGAUAAGAGGAGAUCAACUUGCAGCAAGAGAAAUGAAUGCAGUAUCAACUUCCAGUACCGAGAUACUUUCAGUUACCGAAGAGAGAGACGCGACCAAAUCCACGGCGGAAGAACUCGAGAAAGUGGCUUUGUUCAAAGAGGUCUUGGAGAGGAAGUUUCACUUGGGAACAAGACUCAAUCCCGAACUCAGGUAUCCUAGUACAAGUGGUCGUACACAAGUUAAUCCUGGAACUGAGCUUCCCUCCGAUAAGGCAAAAAAAAAACGCCCAAUAGCUGAGGUCAGAAACAAGUUUGUUAUGGAAGAGGUAACUCGACUACUUGACAUUGGUUCAAUCCGGAAGGUAAAGUAUCCCGAGUGGUUAUCUAAUGUAGUUGUGGUUCCGAAUAAGAAUAACAAGUUUCGAAUGUGUGUAGAUUAUAAAGACUUGAAUAAGGCGUGCCCUAAAAACUCGUUCCCAUUGUCAAAUAUUGUCAAAUGA